AUGGAACGCAGUGUAUAUUCUCAAGCUCAACAAACUCCGGACGCUCCUGCUGUUGUAGCGGACAAUAUCACGCUCACUUAUAGCGAGCUUGUAUCCGAGGCGAUCCAACUUGCGGAGUUGCUGAAUGCGGAGGGUAUCAAAUCCCCGGAAGAGCCCGUAGGGAUUCUCCUCGGUUCAGGACUUGGACAAGUUGUCGCGCAACUUGCAGUCCGUUUGGUUGGGGCCACUUGUGUGCCCAUUGAGCCUACUCUUCCGGAGCUUCGCAUCUUGGACAUGUUCAAUCAGGUCUACGUGCGCUACCUCAUUACGGAAAAAGAUGGGCCUGUCAAUAUCCCCGACUUUCACACCGUGCACAUGCCGCCUAUGGGACAGAAGGCAGACGCGGCACUACCAGCCUGGGAGUUUCGCCCGGAGACAGGCCGCAGCCAUAUCCUUUUCACAUCUGGCUCAACGGGCAAACCCAAGCCGGUGCAGAUUCGCGCUGAGAAUAUCCUCCACCUGGCCACGAGCACGCCAAUCACCCCUCUACGCACUAGUGAUCGCGUGGCCGAGUUCAACAAUCCCGGCUUUGAUCUGAGUCUGUUUGAGAUAUGGGCUACUCUCCUCUCUGGGGCUACGAUUGUUGCUGUCCCUCGACGCAUUGCAACUGACCCAGGAGCCAUCACCUCGUAUCUGCAAGAGCACCAAGUGUCGGUGAUCUUCAUUACGGCGGCGCUCUUCCGGAUCGUUGUCUCGGCCUGCCCCUCGGCGUUCAGCACCCUGCGUCAUGUCCUGAUGGGUGGCGACGUCGCCAACCCGGAGGCGAUUCGUAGUGUGUUCGAACACGGUCCUCCCCAGCACUUAUGGAACACAUACGGUCCAACGGAGUGUACAACUCUCACAACAAUGCAUGAGGUUACUCGUGCAGACACUGACUCGGAGCGGAUCCCCAUCGGCCGUCCUGUCGGAGACAUGGAGACCAUUCUGAUUGAUGAAGACCAACGGCCCGUCAUGGAACCGGGCCAGCCGGGCGAGGUCCACAUCGCUGGUCCCCAGCAGGCCGCCGGCUACCUCGGCCGGCCUGCCGAGACCGAGGAGCAUUUUGUGGAGAUUCCUCGGCCGGGCCGCGACAGCGAGAACGCCGACGCAGUGCGAGUUUAUCGCACGGGAGAUAGAGCCGAGUGGAGAGCCGACUCCAACGUCUUGGACUUUCUCGGACGCACUGACUCCCAAGUCAAGCAUGGAGGCUUCCGUGUCGAACUGGGCGAGAUUGAACGUGCCCUAGAGAGCCACCCACGAGUGGAGACGGCGGUUGUCGCUCGACAACCGCCGUUGACGGUCGAUGGUACGCAUGCACUAGUUGCGUUUGUCGUUAGUGGCGAUGAGAGUGUGGAUUGUCAUGCUCUCAUCCAGUUCGCACGAGAGCGUCUCCCGUCGUACAUGAUCCCCGACGCCAUCGAGGUCAUGAAGGAGCUUCCUCUCACUCCGAAUGGCAAAUUCGAUAAAGUCACACUUGUGCAGCGCCGGAUGGACGCUCUUCAGGAACAGAACCCCGAUGAUGAUGCCCCCUCGCGCCAGUCCAACGGCGACGCACAAGACAAACAUGCGAUUCUCCGUGAUCUCUGGAUGGACAUACUGCAUCUGCCUGAAAUCCAUGAAAACGACGACUUCUUCGCCCUCGGCGGCACAUCCAUGCAGGCCGCCGAGCUCAUAGCCCGCAUCCAGAACCGCUUGGACGUUCUCAUAUCCAUGGAGGAACUAUAUCGGCACUCGCGAUUCGACGACCUUGUUCGUCGGGUCCAACCUGCCGACCCUCUCACCCACGGCAACGCCCCCGACGACACCCACAUCUGGAUGCAAGACGUCGACCUCGUCAACGACAUCGCCUGGAUCCCUGACUGGCAGAGCCCCGACGAGGGCCGUGUCUUCCUCACAGGCGGCACUGGCUUUGUCGGUGCGCAUCUCCUCCACCGGCUCCUGCACAAGCCCACUGUCCAGCAAGUCGCCUGUCUUGCCCGAGCUCAGGACUCUGAGUCUGCCGCCGCGCGCGUGCGUCAAGCCCUCGAGAAAUACGACCUCUGGCCAGCCUCCGAACACCUUACCCAGAAGCUCCUCAUCCUCCCAGGCGACCUGACCGACCCGCACCUCGGCCUCGGCCGCAAGCAAUUCGCCUGGCUCGCCGACUGGGCGUCCGUGAUCUUCCACUUCGGCGCGAAGGUCAACUUCUGCGAGUCGUACCGCGAGCACCGCGCCCCUAACAUAGUCGGCACCCGUAACAUCCUCAGUCUCGCCGCCACCGGCCGCCGCAAGCCGCUCCACUACAUCUCCAGCGUCGAUGCCUGGGGCCCCACCGGCGCCAUCCUGGGCACGCGCGAGCUCCACGAAGACGGACCUCUCCAGCCGCACAUCCAGGGCCUCCGCUACGAUCUUGGCUACGCCCAGUCGCAGUGGACCGCCGAGGCGAUGGUUCGGCGGCUGCGCGACGAGCAUCCGCACCACCUCCCCGUCGCCAUCUACCGCCCGGGCUUCAUCAUCGGCGACGCAGUUACCGGCGCCAGCAACCCGAACGAUUUUUUCACCCGCCUCGUCGUCGGCUGCAUCGAGAUGGGCACCUUCCCGCGCCUCACCCAGUGCCUCGAGUAUGUCACCAUCGACUAUGUCGUCGACACCAUUCUGUAUAUCGCGGGUGAUAACGCGCGCCUCGGCCGGUCGUAUCAUCUUGUCCCCCCGGAUCCGAAGGCGUCCGUGACGGUCGAGGGCACGUGCAACGUGCUCAAUGAGGCCGGGUAUAAGGUGCGCAUGGUUGACUACGAGGACUGGGCGGCGCAGGCGAUGCGCGAGCAACGCGGUCCGGACUCUGCGCUGGCACCGUUAAUGCCCAUGGUGCAGGAACGCGUGCUGGGCCGCCUCACUCGCUGGGAGGCCAGCCAGUACACACCGUGGUACCGGGCGGACAAUACCAUUGCUGCGCUGAAGGAGCGACCCGACCUUGUGUGUCGGCCGCUGGAUUCGAGUAUGCUGCGGCGGUUUAUUCAGUUUUGGAAUCGGAAGGGGUUCUAUAAGGUGCCUGAUGGCGGGUCUGGUAUUUAG